GCCAUGGCCGACGUGUUCCCGGGCCCCGAGCCCGGCGCGGACCCGGACGUGGUGCAGCGCUUCGCUCGCAAGGGAGCCUUGAGGCAGAAGAACGUGCACGAGGUGAAGGAGCAUAAAUUCACCGCGCGCUUCUUCAAGCAGCCCACGUUCUGCAGCCACUGCACCGACUUCAUCUGGGGGUUUGGGAAACAAGGAUUUCAGUGCCAAGUUUGCUGUUUUGUGGUUCACAAGAGGUGCCAUGAAUUUGUUACGUUUUCUUGUCCUGGUGCAGACAAAGGGCCUGACACUGAUGAUCCCAGAAGCAAACACAAGUUUAAAAUCCACACAUAUGGAAGCCCAACGUUCUGUGACCAUUGUGGAUCAUUGCUGUAUGGACUUCUACAUCAAGGGAUGAAAUGUGACACUUGCGAUAUGAAUGUUCACAAACAGUGUGUAAUAAACGUCCCAAGUCUGUGUGGAAUGGAUCACACAGAGAAAAGAGGAAGGAUUUAUCUGAAAGUUGAAGUCAGUGGUGACAAACUGCAAGUCACAGUACGAGAAGCAAAAAACUUAAUCCCUAUGGAUCCAAAUGGACUUUCAGAUCCAUAUGUGAAGCUGAAACUUAUCCCUGACCCGAAGAAUGAAAGUAAACAAAAAACAAAAACCAUCCGUUCCACUCUAAACCCACAUUGGAAUGAGUCAUUUACAUUUAAAUUGAAACCUACAGACAAAGAUCGACGGUUAUCUAUAGAAGUUUGGGACUGGGAUCGAACGACUAGAAAUGAUUUCAUGGGAUCUCUUUCAUUUGGGGUGUCAGAGCUUAUGAAAAUACCAGCGUGUGGAUGGUACAAGUUGCUUAACCAAGAAGAAGGUGAAUACUACAAUGUCCCAAUUCCAGAAGCUGAUGAUGAUGGAAAUGUAGAACUCAGACAGAAAUUUGAGAAAGCCAGACUUGGACCAGCUGGUCACAAAGUCAUUACUCCAAUAGAAGACAGGAUUUCCAAUAUACCAUCCAACAACCUGGACCAUGUGAAGCUGACAGAUUUCAACUUUCUCAUGGUGCUUGGGAAGGGGAGCUUUGGAAAGGUGAUGCUGGCAGACAGGAAGGGGACGGAGGAGCUGUAUGCAGUCAAAAUAUUGAAAAAAGAUGUGGUGAUUCAGGAUGAUGAUGUGGAAUGUACCAUGAUUGAAAAACGAGUCCUAGCACUGCAGGAUAAGCCACCUUUCCUAACACAGCUGCAUUCUUGCUUCCAAACAGUUGAUCGUCUGUACUUUGUUAUGGAGUAUGUGAAUGGUGGUGACCUCAUGUAUCACAUUCAGCAAGUAGGAAAAUUUAAGGAGCCACAGGCAGUGUUUUAUGCAGCUGAGAUUUCAAUUGGGCUAUUCUUUCUCCAUAAAAGAGGAAUUGUUUAUAGAGAUCUGAAAUUAGAUAAUGUGAUGCUGGAUUCAGAAGGACACAUAAAGAUUGCAGAUUUUGGAAUGUGCAAAGAACAUAUGGCAGAUGGAGUAACAACGAGGACAUUCUGCGGCACUCCAGACUACAUUGCACCAGAGAUUAUUGCUUAUCAGCCCUAUGGAAAAUCAGUAGAUUGGUGGGCCUACGGUGUGCUGUUAUACGAGAUGCUAGCUGGUCAGCCUCCAUUUGAUGGGGAGGAUGAAGAUGAACUCUUUCAGUCCAUAAUGGAGCAUAAUGUUUCCUAUCCUAAAUCGCUGUCCAAAGAAGCUGUUUCUAUCUGCAAAGGGUUAAUGACAAAACACCCUGCAAAAAGGCUUGGCUGUGGGCCUGAGGGGGAGCGAGAUGUCAGGGAGCAUGCAUUCUUCAGGAGAAUCGACUGGGAGAAACUGGAGAACAGAGAGAUUCAGCCGCCAUUCAAGCCUAAAGUGUGUGGCAAAGGUGCUGAAAACUUCGACAAAUUCUUUACUCGAGGACAACCAGUGUUAACACCGCCUGAUCAGCUGGUCAUUUCUAACAUAGACCAAACAGAUUUUGAAGGGUUCUCCUAUAUCAACCCACAGUUUGUACACCCGAGCUUACUAAGUGUAGUAUGA